CAGUUAAAGUGUUUAAGAUUUAUCCAAAUACAGCAGAUACGACGCCAAGUCCAAGUUAGGAAGGUCUGCUGCGUGCUGCGUGUGUGCUGGCCAAGCAACUUGAGCCCCACUCCCCGUCCUCCCUCCUCUCCUCUCCUCUCCUCUCCUCCAAAUCAACCAUAAAUAAAACCCUAAACCCACUUUCUCUCUCCAUAUCAUCAUCAUUCUUCAGUCAAAAGAAGCUUAAACGCAUUCUCAAAAGGCUUGAGACACAGACAGAUAUGGCUAAGGAAAAUAGCUGCUUGACACGCGUGGCAACCGGAGCUGCAAUCGGUGGAGCCAUCGGUGGUGCCGUCGGUUCGGUGUAUGGGACAUAUGAGGCUAUAAGGUUUAAGAUGCCAGGGCUUCUGAAGAUCAGGCACGUUGGACAAACAACGCUUUCAAGUGCAGCUCUGUUCGGUCUUUUCUUAGGUGCUGGGAGCUUGAUACAUUGUGGGAGGAAUUAAGCUCUUUCCUGUAUUAAGAUGAACUGAUUUUGUUCUGUUUACAAAGUUCCGCUUUUGAGCAUGAAGUUAGGUUCUACGGAGAUGGUGUGUUGUGGUGAUUAGUCGUUUCUUCAAAGUCAAUAUUUAUGUUUUGUUGUUUAUGCCUUUAAUGUUAUUUUGGAAUUUUGACUGUAGCUUAUCUUUUCUUCCAGUUGCUGCACACCAUGAUAUGAUUGUAUACUUCACA